AUGAGGAAAGCUUGCAUGGAACGUACCUGGAGGCAGGCAAUCGAGAUCUACAACAACCUCUCCCACCUCACCCUGCAGGCCUGGAGGUUCGCUGCAGCCCCUCACUGCUGCCAUGCAGGACUCCCAGAUACGCUAUAGAUGGGAACACCGAAGCUACCAUACGGACACCACAGGAUGACCAGGCCUUCCAGGAAGCCCUUGACCUCCCCCGCAUCCCUAUCCCGGACUGGAUGGAGUGCCCGGUCAACGAACGCUUCACAGGGAUGCCUACCCGUCGCACCAUCCAACAAGGACCGGGUGCCCCUUACGCCCCCCUCCGGCAAACUAAACCUGAGGAAUAG